AGGGGCGGGCUGUGUGUGUUGUAGUCUGACGAAUAAAAAGCUGUAGCCUAUAGAUCCGAGCCAGGCUCUUUAACCGGGUACAACCAGCCAGGCUUAAAGGAAACAUUUUGGUCGUAAACUCGGAGCAGAGAUUAGAGCCGAGGAAGCGGUGAAAGGUCUGAAAAAGCUAAGAAAACAUGAGCGACAAGGGGACAGUGUCACCGAAAGAGGAGGCGACAGAGAAGAGGGGGCGUGGAAGACCCCGCAAGAAGCCCCAGGUGAAGACCACUGAUGAAGCAAGUGGGUCUCCUGCUCCAAAGAGGUCCAGAGGACGGCCGAAGGGCAGCAAAAACAAAGGCAGUAAGGGCAAAAAGGCAGCACCAGCCCCGCCUGCAACGGGAAAACGCAGGGGAAGACCUAAGAAGGAGGAGAAAGAAGAAAAAGCCCAGGAAUCAUCUGAGGAGGAGGAAGACGAAGAAGACCAGUAAUUCACAACGCAUGCUACCUCACUCAACAUACUGACUUACUGUUAACCAGAACUGGGCUGUAUCUCCAAACACCAGUGCCACCACAUGACCACUGUUCACGACAAAAGUCCCCUUUUUGUCAAAAAAGGAGGGUUUACCACAGUACAAAUAAUCAUGCAACAGCACUGGAUAGAACGAUGGACCUUGCUCAAGCGUAUAUAUCUAAGAAUUCUAUGAAGGGUAACAGCCCUUUUCUCUACAUGUCAUGUUAUCACAAGUCUUUUAUACUGGACAAAAAGUGCGCUCUAAUGAGCCUGGACAUUUCCUGCCCCUCCCCCCCCAACUAAAGAUGGUUUGUAGGACAUUUUCUCUGCUUAAUGUUACUUAUUUGUUGUACCCGCAUCUGAGAUGGUAGGGCAUAUAGAUUUUUCUCCCAUGUUUUGUACUGGACAAAGGUGAAUUUUACCUAUACUUGCUGUUUUUUUUUUUGUUUUUUUUUUGUGUGUGUGUGUGUUCGUGUGAAGUGGUUAACCUAUCCUUUUUGCAUCGUAUUAUAGAUGGAGUUGAGCUUCAGCGUGUAGGAUGAGAAUAGAUAACAGGUGGUAGUUUUUUGUUUUUUUUUUCUUCCCCUUUUCUAAUCUGCAUAACUGAUUUCGCCCCCCCCCAUCCCACCAGUAGAGCAGAAUCCCCAUCUAUCCUGUAGGACAGUUUAGACGUAGUUAUGCUUCUCGAAAUUCUCCGUCGCGGUCCUCGGCGUGCAGUGGGGAGAUGUAAAAGUGUAUCGUUAGUCCGAUCAGUCUAUACUUACUGUUUUUGUUCCUUCGGGUUACAUACCAUUUAAAAAAGAAAACAACAAAAAAAACAUGAGUGUGCUGCUUUUCAUGUUAUAAUAAAACUCUUUUUUUUUUUGUAUAAUGUGUGUUUUUAAGGAUAGGGUUGGCAGAGUUCUAGGCAGAGAGCAUCAGUGUCAUUUCUUCAGGGAGCUUUUACAAAUGCUGUUACAUCGACGUCUUUUUUUUUGUCUUCGCAUGGUCCUCACUUUCCAAGCGCUCAACCCAAUCACUCGUAAAGGCAAAUCUGGUCAACCGAGGAGUUUGAUUGUAAUAGCGGAUAGUCGGUGGCACUGCUAUCCAACAGGGCUGUACGUCUACGUUUCAUUCCAUCUAGCUCUCAAUGCUUUCACCUAGCUUGGUCCUUCUGUCAUCACUUAGUACAGUAAUCUUUCUUAGUCUUUUUUGGAGAUGUGUGUUGUCUACUACAAGAGAAAAAUGUUUGUGUAUUUCUAAGUGUCAGGGAACCCGCAGUCACAGUCCACUUAACUGGGUUUUUCCACACACCUAAGCUGCUACAACCUCAGUUACGAAACCCGGAAAACUGCAAAACAGGCGAUACACAGCCUGGAGUUUCAUACCUCACUCAACGGCUUACUUUACCAUAUAAUUGCAAUUAACUGGUUUUCUGUUUGUUUGUUUUUUAUGUAACCUCUGGCAUGAGUUAGAAAGAUGUUAUUACAAUGUUUGUUUUUUUUGUUAUAACCUGACUGUAAUGAGGUAUCUAAGAUGUCAAGUUUGCGUGCGCGUCUUGGCUCAUUCACAACCGGAGCGCGCAGACAGGUUUUGGUUUAAAUGUGUGAAGCAAGUCAGGGAGACCUGUCAGCUCGUACAACUGUGUUCGCUGACUGUGGUAGAUUAGCAGGUGUGUUUUUAAUUCUUCUGGUGCACUGAAAUGUUGGUUCAGAUUAUCACGGACAAAAAUGUUUGUGAUAAGACUGGGCGCUCUCUUUCCACUUAACUGUUCUGUUGGCACUACCACACACAGCCACCCCUCGCCAUACUCUGUCAUACAACGGUCAUUUCAUGUUUUUUGUUUUCAACAUCCUCCAACAACUCUGGACAAUAUCGGUAUCAUUUUCCAUGCCAACAUCUUGCAUCCGUUCAUUUAUAUACUGUCAACUCAAUAGGAUGUGAUCAUUCUUUUUAAUGUACACCGUAUAUAAAUGUACAAUGUCUAUAUUUCUAUGGUGCCCUACAACAAUUUGUAUCAGAAAUGGUCAAUAAAGAAUUUUCUUUGUCAUUUU